AAUUAAAAAGGAAACCACACAGACAUGAGAACUCAUCCCCAGCUUUAUACUUCAGAGCUACCAGCAGAGUUGAAAGGAAGGGAAAAGCAUCAGAGAGGAAAGAAAGGCUCAUCAUCAUCAAGCAUCCAAAAGGAGAAGCCAACAUGGUUUCUAAUAAGGAGCACAAGAGAGCCGCUCUGCAUGAGAAGCUCCAACUCCUUCGUUCUAUGACUAACUCUCGUGCUCUGGACAAAACGUCGAUCAUAUUGGACGCAACAAAGUAUAUCGAAGAGCUAAAGCAAAAGGUAGAAAGACUGAAUCAAGACAUUGCCACUGCAGAAACUUCGAAAGACCAAAAUCAUUUGCCUAUGGUUACAGUAGAAACCCUAGAAAAGGGAUUCCUCAUAAAUGUAUAUUCAGCCAAGAGUUGCCCAGGUCUGCUAGUUCCCAUAUUGGAGGUCUUCGAUGAGAUGGGUCUCAGCGUCACGGAAGCUAGGGUUUCCUGUUCAGACACUUUCCGAUUUCAGGCAGUUGGAGGAGAAGAAGAAGAAGAAGGUGACAGCAUGGAUGAAGAAACAGUGACGCGAGCAGUGGGAAGAGCCAUAAAGAAUUGGAGAGAGAGUACGAGCCAGCAAUGAUCAAAUAGUAUUGAAGAGUACUGUGCUAUUUCUCUCUGGUGAUUAAUUAAGUGCAGAAACGCUAUUGCCAUUAGGAUCUUUUUGUCUUUUCAUGAGUGAUAUAUAUUUAUAUAUAUAUAUAGUAUCGUUUUCUCUUAAUGCUGUAAACUUCUUUUAUCCGAAUAUGGGUUGGUCCAUGAUCAACACUUGGUGCAAUCACCUACACAUUGGGCAGUCAAAUCAACUAAUUAAUUAAGGGCAUGAUGAUAUGAUAAGAAUUGUUAUGAGCAAAAUGACAGACAAUGUUACUACUAUUAUAAUUAAACUGAUGCAUUGUAUACUUACUUAACUAAUGAUUUCUUUUGUGUUAGAUAUAAA